UGUUUUAUGGCUAACCGGCGGAGAUCCGAGCUUUCAAUUUUCAACAGUCUCCAACUAAUUCGUAGUAAAGAAAUCUUGUCUUGGUGCCUUCAAGCUUCCGCUACAGCCUAUGGCAUAAUCGUGUAGGUAAACGGCUUAACGGAAACAGGGUUGACAACAAAUGGAGCUCCUGUGGACGAUCGCGGAGCUCUUCUUCGCCCUGAUUCUCGUCCUGGCUUCGUCGUUCCUCUCCGCGAUGUUCCUCGAAGCCUACCGAAGAAGAAACAACAACAAGCACAUUGAUGCUCCUGCCUUUUUUGAGGAUCCGAAAUCCUUGAAACAGGUUCCAUGUCCAUAUCUAGUAGAUCCCGCUGAAAAGUACAUAUCUUUGAUCAUUCCCGCAUUCAAUGAAGAGCACAGACUUCCUGCAGCUCUUGAUGAAACAAUUAAACUCAUUGUUCUACUCAUUGUUCUUUGUUAUUACAUGAAAGAUGAUGUUUUGUCUUUACGCUGUAGCUAUCUCCAAAACCGUGCUGCAAAGGACAAGUCUUUUACUUACGAGGUGAUUAUCGUUGACGAUGGAAGUGCUGAUGCAACAAAAAAGGUGGCAUUUGACUUUGUAAGGAAAUACUCGGUGGAUAAUGUCAGGGUUAUCCUUCUUGGGCGUAAUCAUGGUAAAGGAGAAGCAAUUAGAAAAGGCAUGCUUCAUGCACGUGGUGAAAUACUUCUAAUGCUGGAUGCAGAUGGAGCAACAAAGGUUAAUGAUCUGGAGAAGCUUGAAAAUAAGAUCCGUGCAGUUGCAAGUGCUGAAGAUACUAAGGAUGGAACGUCAGGUUUUAGGAUAGCUGACAUCCCAGUAGCAGCAUUUGGUUCCCGUGCUCAUCUUGAAGAGAAGGCUUUGGCAACAAGGAAAUGGUACCGUAAUUUUCUGAUGAAAGGAUUCCAUAUUGUCGUUCUCUUGGCUGCUGGUCCUGGUAUUCGCGAUACGCAGUGUGGCUUUAAGAUGUUUACAAGGGCUGCUGCAAGGAAGCUUUUCACAAAUAUUAGGCUCAAAAGAUGGUGCUUCGACGUCGAGUUGGUAUUUCUGUGCAAACAAUUUGGCAUCCCGGUGCAGGAGAUUUCAGUCAACUGGUCGGAAAUACCAGGUUCCAAGGUCAACCUUUUAAGCAUUCCCAACAUGCUGUGGGAGCUUGCACUAAUGUCAGUGGGAUAUAGGACAGGAAUGUGGAAAAUUUCCUAUUGAACCCUUAUAAUAGUGAAAUAUACACAUGAACUUCCCUUCGUAGUUCUUCCUCUCUAGAGUUUAUGACAGCACAAUUUUACACUGCAGCGGUUUAUGACAGUUCCUCGUAGAAGCAGCAAAAAAACCUCUUUUAACAUUUAGGCAGGCACUUUCUAAAGUUUCUUCUAUUAUCACAUUUUUGGGCUGGUGAUUCUGUUUCAGAGGAAUCAACGAUGUUACCGAUCAUAAACUUGUUUUUUUUUUUUGUGAGACAGGGCGAAAUUUGAUUGUCUAACCUUCAUUGCUACAUGUACAAUCCCAGGUUAGAAGAAACGGACAAGUGCCAAAACUAAC